AUGGAGGCGGCCAACAUAUCGGCGUCCGCCCUGGGCGAGCCGGCCCGCCUGAGCUUCGGCUUCUACUUCCUGCCCUUGGCCACGGUCAUCUGCUUCCUCCUCCCGGUUCUCUAUCUGUUCCCGCCGAUCCCGGCCACGACCAGCGACGCUCUGCUAGCAACGCACUCCAAGCUCGGCGUGGCCCCGCCCAAGAGCAGCCUCCGGGACCAGUCCUCUGCCGCCGAGCAGCAGAAGACGGGGACCGACGCCGCCGGCGCCGCCAAGGUCAAGGCGCUCUGCGUGUACCCCAUCAAGUCGUGCCGCGGCAUCGAGGUCACGCGGAGCAAGCUCCUCCCCACGGGCCUCGAGUUCGACAGGCUGUACACCUUUGCGCAGCUCAAGUCCCCGUUCCCCGUGUCGAGCGACGGCGGCGGCGCCGGGGACGGCCGGGACACGCACUCGUGGGAGUUUGUCACGCAGCGGCAGUUCCCCCAGCUGGCGACGGUCAAGGUGGACGUCUACGUCCCCGACGCCACCAAGAGCACUGUGUUCCUCGAGAAGAGCAGCGACGCGUGGAUCGUGCUGCGCUUCCCCUGGCGCGAGCCCGGCUGGAAGGGCACCAUGCAGUGGGUCGCGGCCAAGAUCCGGGACGGGUGGCGCGGGGAGCCGGAGAUGGAGGUGCUGCUGCCGGUGGAGUUCCCCACCGACAAGGAGAUUGAGGACCGCGGGUACACGCGCGAGGACGUGAGGGUGUGGAAGGAGAUGGUCCCUGCGUUGAACAUGGAGAAGGAGCUCCCCGAGGAGCUGAGCCGGUACCUGAGCGUGAGCAACAAGCUGGCGCUGUUCCGCGUCGAUCCGGGGAAGCUGAGGGAGGUGUACCGGUGUGCGCCCACCAGGGAGGAGGCGGGGUAUCAGCCCGUUGUCGGGUUCCAGGACGCGUAUCCGCUGCACCUCAUGAACAUGAGCAGCCUCCAGGACUUCGACGCCCAGGUGCCCAAGGACGAGGAGCUCCAACACCUCGACGUCAGGAGGUUCCGGUCCAACAUCAUUGCAUACGACGAAGAGUCGUGGAAGUCGGUCAAGUUCACCCAAGGCACGUCCAAGGUCACCGCGCCUACAAAGUUCCAGGUCUCGUGCCGCACAGUUCGUUGCAAAAUGCCCAACGUCGACCCGGUCACCGGCGCCCGCCACGGCGUCGAGCCGGACAGGUCCCUCCGUAAGCUCCGCGACGUCGACGAAGGCGCCCCGCGCAUGGGGUGCCUGGGCAUGCAGAUGGUCCCCCUGUUCGAAGGCACCGACCGCGUCGAGUAUAUGCAGGCCUGGCUCGAGGUCGGCAUGGCUGUCGAGGUGCUGGAGCGCGGUGAGCACGUCUACAUUAAGCAGUGA